UGUGCGGGAGUUGCCUCACCCCGUUCAUAUCUAGGGAUCCAACGUAAGUCGGGGACUGCCUGUAUUGCAGCAUCCCUGGGCAGAAUCACUUUCCUAUGAACAAGAUGAGGAUCCGAGAGGAGAAGCCAAUUGCUGGGUCCAUAUUCCCCUAUGGGGGUGGGGUAGCUGUGGAAUCAAUGUCAGAGGAAAUCCCCCAUAGUGACACUUCUUGGUUUUUCUCUUUCCGAGGAAAAACUUUUUUUGUUUGUUUGUUUACAGGGAUGUUCAAAAUUGUGUUUGUGAGCUUAGCCUGACAGCAGGGGCUAGGUCUACACUAUAAUAAAGUGAUCAAGUAUUUUCCUAGCAUGGCACAAUAUAGGAUUUCUGUCUGCAGGGAUAGAGUUUUGGGAAACCGUGAUGGGAAAUUAACUCAUGCGUGUUCUGAAACCUCCACAGUUGUCCUUCUCACUCUUAAAAGCUGCAGAAUGACAUCCAUGUUUUGCGCUGGUUUAUCCCAUUCUGCCAUGGAUCAGGGAAGAGAAAUGGCUGCAGUGGAGCCAGUUCAGGGACUGGUGACCUUCGAGGAAGUGGCUGUGUAUUUCACCAGGGCAGAGUGGGCUCUGCUGGAUCCCUCACAGAAAGCCCUCUACAGAGCCGUCAUGCUGGAGAACUAUGAGAAUGUGACCUCGCUGGGAAACAAGGGUGGUGGCUACUGUUCGAAACACUCUCCUUCUUGAAGCAGUGCAGCACUUUUGGAUCUAAUCGGUGUGUGGGGUAAAUAAUCAGUGCAAUUGGAGCUGCGAGUGACCCGUAAGAACUGGGACAUGAAUGCUUGCAUUUCUCAAGCCCCACAUAUAAAGGGGUAUAAGCGAGACACCCUACAAUACAGAGCCAAGAUCAAGGAACUCCAUCAGGUCUAUCACAAGGAAAAGGAGACAAACAUCUGGUUUGGUGCUGCACCCAAAACAUGCUGAUUUUUAUAAAGAACUGGAUGGAAUCCUGGGUAGGGAUCCCAAGACCAAACCCCGGGACACUGUGGAUAGUUUUCAGAGAACAGAGCCAGAAAUUCUUGUCCUGGCUACACGAAACAAAUUGAUGAAGAGACUGAAGAGGGCCAAGAGGUGAGGGUCAGUCUGGUGACAUCCUGAGCACCCAGCAGCAAGGAAUUUGUUCUCAAAUUUGUGAGGAUGCUCAGCAAUUCAUCAUUGAAGAGACGCCACAUGUUGAAGCAAUGGAAGGGACACAGGGUACAUUAGUGUGCAGGCAUUGUGGGUUGGGGCUGAGCAAGUGGUGAACAUGCAGGGCAGUACAGAGGUGGUGCCCUAGUGAGUAGUGGCUGUGCAAGCACCUUGGAUUGGGGGCUGAGUGGGCGGUGGCCAUGCAGGCCGGUAAACUGCUCUGUGCAGUUGGAGAGGAGAGAGUGGCCAUAUGGAAUGACCAGAGGCUAUAUUUCUAUGAGCUGGCCAGCCCUCCCUGUGUCUUGUUUAUGGCCAAACACAGCACUGAUACAUGCAUGAAUAGUGUUGGAAACCAAAAAUGUAGACACCACGUAGAUUCAAGCAUGAGGGUUUAUUACACACAGCGCUGGUGGAGAGCCACUUGGGCUCAGUGAACACUGCCAAACAAAUAAUUACAAUAGACUAUUUUGGGAGCUGAUGGGUGGAGGGAAACGAUGAGGUGGGAGUUCUCGAGCCCCUGGAUAGGUUCUAGCAGCAGGGCAUUAUGUGCACAGUAGGGGUACGUCUAGACUACAUGCCUCUGUCGCCAGAGGCAUAUAGA